UGGCAACACUGCUCCUGGCGCCAUCAGCUGCUACACAUACACACACGCGCGCGCGCUUUCUGCCCCCGUCUCUCUCUCUCUCUCUCACGCCGGACACCAUGGUGGAGCAGGCCCAGUUCCGCAUCCAGGAGGCCAUGACGGCCCUGGUGGAUGACCUGGAUAAGACGUACCUACGAGGCAUCCAGAGGACAAUGCACAUGUGUGCAGCCGAAUGUUGUGAAAAACGGGAGAAUUCGGUUGACCAAGUACACCGUUGCAUUGAGAACUGCUCGACUCCCCUUACUCAGGCACAGACGUUUGUGCAGAACGAAUUGUCGCAGUUCCAAGAGCGUCUACAGCGUUGUGUUAUGGUUUGUCAAGAUAGAGUAAGAGACCAGGUCACGGCGGACACCUCGGAGGCUCAGGAGCCGCAACGCAACAGCUCACUAUCCCUAGCCAACGCCGCGGGCAGUGUCUUUCGUCAAGCAGCUCUGGGCAGAGACGGAGUAUCUGUAUACAAGGCAGAAUUUGAGGGGUGCGCCAUGCAGUGUGUAGAUGACCAUAUUCAACUGAUGCCUUCCGUUAAGAAGAGGAUUGCAGGUGUCUUAGCGAAAAACUCUUAAAGUUUCUUUAAGAAUAUUGAGCAGGUUUUAUAGCGGGUUCUUAAAUGAUAGUUACGUGAAGAAACGUGGCACAAGCCUUUUUUGGUUCAGUGGUAUUGAAAUAAAUAAAUAUUUUAUAAAAUUGAGAAAUGAGGUUAGUGAUCUAUAAAUUACAUCAAAAUCAAAACUAUGCAGUUGUGCUAUUUAAUAAAUUUACUUUCGUGCUGCAUUGGUAGCUUUCAACUGUAUUAUAACCAAAUAGUUGAACUUUGUUUAUUUUAAUUUGUAUUCUUAAACGGGUUUAGGAUUCAGUGUCUGCUUAAUAGCAAGCAAGAUGAAGUUGAGUGAGGGUGAGAGUUGGAGAGAGUCUCUGCAAGCCCCAACGCGUGGCGGAGUGGCAAGUAUUACGGUAAAUGCACUUCUCGUCUAAUUGGUGACUUGGUGCGGUGGUUUCAUAUAUUACUCAAGAGACUGACCUGGGGAUAUUCCUGCACGGGCCCUAAGCCUCUGGCGGGCCCAAUAGCUGUUGUCGGUGAUUACAAUGGUGAUGUGCUGUAAAUGUGUCAAAAGCUUGUGGUGUUAAGUAGGGGGUGAACCCAAAUAUUUUUUCAUUUUAGUGACAAAUAGUGAGUAACAAGCAACCAUUGUAAAUAUAUAUUGAGUGUGUGUGUGUGUCAACUUUGAACAUGUUUUUGCAGGUGUUAAUGAUAAAAUAUUACUUGUUGUAGUACUGUUAGUAUCAUUGUAUUACUUAAGAGUGAAGCAUCACUAGUGUUUCAGUUUAAGCAUAUAACACACACACACACACACACACA